AUGAAAAAGAGAAAAUUGUUAAAAAGUCUAUCUCAAGAUCUUAUUAAGCUUCUUGAAACGAAUGAUGAAUACAAUGCUAUCAUAGAAGCAGGAGAAGGACCUGCCAUGCAAUCAUUCAAAGUUCACAGUGUUAUCUUAUGCCAUCGUUGCCCCAUACUUUACGAUGAAAUAAAAAAGGUUAACCAUAAUGAAAAUAAUAUUCGAGUCAUUACAAAGACUCGAAUUUCGGCAACUGUCUUUGCAGUCAUUAUAAAUUACAUCUAUAGUGGAGACUUCAACUUGGAAAACAUCAAAACAUCUACCAUUUUUGACAUUUUAAUUACCGCCGAGAAAUAUGAGCUUACUGGAUUGUUACAAUACCUCGAAGCAUAUAUGCUUAAAAGUAAAAUCGCAUGGUUAGAAUCAAAUUCAUUCAGAGCUAAUGAGGCCAUCUUUAACUGUGGUUCACAUGGUCCGGAAUUUGGUGCACAAGAUAUUUAUAUGGGAGAAACCUUCAACAGUGUAAAAAAAAAAGAUCAGUGUUGGUAUAGAUUUAAAAAUUACGAAGUGAAAAUUAGAGAUACAAUAGGAGAAUUUUCAAUCGACGAAUAUGAA